AUGACAAUUUCGCAAAGUUUAGAUUGGACGCCUUCUUCGUGGCGUCAAUUUCCCGCGAAACAGCAAGCUUCGUAUCCGGAUGAAAAAGCACUAAAACAAGCCCAUGACAAGCUAAAGACAUUGCCUGGAUUGGUGUCGGUGCGUGAAAUUGAAAAUUUGAAGACGCUGCUGGCGGAUGUCGCAGAUGGCAAACGCUUCUUGUUGCAAGGUGGUGACUGCUCGGAGCGAUUCCAGGACUGCCAGCCGGAGCUGAUUGAGAAGAAGCUCAAAAUUAUGAUCCAGAUGAGUCUCGUGCUGGUGUGGGGCGCUCGGAUGCCGACGGUUCGUGUGGCUCGAAUGGCUGGACAGUUUGCCAAGCCGCGGUCCAGUGACACGGAGAUGCUGGAUGGAGAGAAAGUGACCAGCUUCCGAGGCGAGAAUAUCAAUGGCUACGAGAAGGACCAGCGCACUCCGGACCCAAGCAGAUUACUGGAAGGAUAUUUCCAUAGUGCUGCAACGCUGAAUUAUGGUCGGGUGUUGGUGGGAUCGGGCUUUGCGGACAUCCACGAUGCAGGCAAGUGGGAUCUCGAUUUUGUGCAGACGUCUUCUCGACGAGAAGAGUACCAGCACAUGGUGGACGAGAUUACGGACAGUUUACAUUUUGUGCACAUGUGCGGUGUUGGAGCGGAAUCACCUCAUUUGAAAACGGUGGAUCUCUUUGUGUCGCACGAAGGCUUGGAGCUUGGUUACGAAGAGACUAUGACGCGCAAGGUGAACGGCAAGUACUACAACAUGGGUACGGACUUUUUGUGGAUUGGUGACCGCACACGUCAAUUGGACCACGCUCAUAUCGAGUACUUCCGUGGCAUUGAAAAUCCUAUUGGUAUUAAGGUUGGCCCGACUAUGGCUGUGAAUGAUCUGGUGCCCUUGAUUCGUAAAUUGUGGAAAAAUCCCGAAGCCAAUCCGGGCAAGAUCACGCUUAUCACGCGUUAUGGUAGUGACAAGGUAUCACAUCUGCUGCCCAAGCACAUUGCAGCGGUAAAGGCUGCAGGCCUGAAGGUGAUUUGGUCUUGUGAUCCGUGCCACGGCAACACAAUUGUUGCUGAUAAUGGCUAUAAAACACGGCCAUUUGAUCGCAUUUUUGCCGAAUUGGUGCAGACGCUAAAGAUCCACCGUGAGGGUGGCACUGUACUGGGUGGAGUCCAUUUCGAACUAACAGGUGAGAACGUAACUGAAUGCAUUGGUGGCCCCCAGGGCAUCGACGAGACCGAUUUGCCGCUACGCUAUACGAGCUACUGUGAUCCACGAUUGAACUACUCGCAAAGCAUGGAGGUGGCUUUCCUUUUGGCCAAGAACCUGUCAGUGCACCACGAUCUGGCGCCAUUGAAUCAAACAUCGAAGAUGCGAAAGCGAUCGAUGGAGAUCAGUGAUCCGUCCAAGCAUCUUCGUGCUAACAAGUAG